AUGGGGAAGAAGACCAUUCCAUACAUUGGAGGAGCUCCAGGGACAAACCUCUAUGAAUGGAAAUGCUUCAUACAUGGCCCCAAGGGAACUCCAUAUGAAGGUGGAAAAUAUGAGAUUUCCAUGAGAUUCAGCAAGUCCUAUCCCUUCGUUCCACCUCGAUGUCAAUUCAUAACUAAAAUUUACCAUUGUAAUAUUAAUACGGAAGGCGACAUCUGCUUGAGCACUUUAAAGAAGGACUGGAAGGCCGCAUUUGGAGUGGAGAGCAUUUUGCUCUCACUCUAUAGCCUGCUAAGUUCUCCAAAUCCAGAUGAUCCAUUAAUGCUCACAAUAGCCAGGCAAUACAAAGUGCAAAAAGAGCAGCAUGACAGCAAUGCCAAAAAAUGGACAAUCAAAUAUGCAAUGAAAGAAAAUGCUGAGCAAUAG